AUGCUUUCAAAUGUUGAUAUAAUACUACAAAUAUACUACCACUACCACUACCAUUACUAUUGCUACCACUACCACUACUACCACUACCACUACCACUCCCACUCCCACUACCAUUACUAUUGCUACCACUACCACUACUACCACUACCACUACCACUCCCACUCCCACUACCAUUACUAUUGCUACCACUACCACUACUACCACUACCACUACCACUCCCACUCCCACUACCAUUACUAUUGCUACCACUACCACUACUACCACUACCACUACCACUCCCACUCCCACUACCAUUACUAUUGCUACCACUACCACUACUACCACUACCACUACCACUCCCACUCCCACUACCAUUACUAUUGCUACCACUACCACUACUACCACUACCACUACCACUACCACUACUCGCGAUAA